CCCACUUUACCUUUGGAUGUAAUGUUGAGGACAAUUGUUAAUGACGUCAAUUAUGCUAAGUAGUAAAGGAAGUAGAGCAUUGCUAAACUUCAUGGAAGUGGGAGCGUUUAAUGUAUAUAUGUAUUAAAAAUAUAUUUCUUUUGUUUAUACGUUUUAAUUGUAUCCAUUGUAGCUCUUAGCAUGCAGCUGAAUGAUAUAAACAAUUUUCUAGUCCAACUGGCCGUAUUGCAGGAACUGAUUUGAAGGAGAGGUUACAGAACCAAGGUGCCGGUGCCUUUUACUUAAGUAGCGAGUUCAGUCCUGGUCUCUGGGCCAGUGUUUGCGCGAUGCCCUGUUUAGCACAAAUGUGUUUGGCUGUGCUUAUCUGGUUUGCAUGAAGUGCGGCAGUGCACAAACUGGACAUAUGGACAACCCAGGUUGGCAGACAGGACCCAGACAGCCACAAACACAAACCAGAUGCAUUCAAUUAAUGCUAUUGGACUUAAUGGACAUCACCCGAACAUGAAUCUGCUAGUGUGUCCUGAGAAGCCGUAUAGCAUGUGGUCUUGUAAAAAAAGAAACCCUUUGCUCUGAAGUUCAGGGACUCCAUCAAAGCUCGUAGUCCUGUAGAAGAGGAUUAAUCUGAGACAGCUGAUUUACUUCCUGGGGGCCAAUAGGACUAGAAUACAUGGUUUUGGAUGCAUCGGUGCACUUGUGUUAGCAGAAGCAUUUUUCGUGUCAGGAAUCUGAGUCUUCAUUUAACAUCCAUGGCAGUGAACAAUACAGGAGUCACUAACAAUAAUGCAUCCCCACAGCUUACAGUGACAGCUGGAAUUAUCAUCAUAGGAGAUGAGAUUUUAAAGGGUUAUACGCAGGACACCAACUCAUUCUACAUGUGUAAGAAAUUAAGAUCGUUAGGGGUGAAAGUUCAAAGAAUAUCUGUCCUUCCUGAUGAUGUUGAGACCAUAGCCACAGAAAUUGCUUCCUUUUCUUCUAAGUUCACAUAUGUUCUAACAUCUGGAGGGAUUGGCCCUACCCAUGAUGAUGUUACCUUUGAAGCUGUAGGUCGUGCCUUUGGAGAAAAGCUUUACCCAAACCCUGAACUGGCGACCUUGGUGAAAAAAUAUUUUGGACAGAAAGACUCUUGCAGCCCUGAGAUGAAGCUUGCUACCAUUCCCCAGUCCUCCUGCCUCAAUUAUGGUAUGGAUAAAAGAACAGGUGACACCAUGAAGUACCCUUUAAUCAGCAUUAGAAAUGUGUAUGUGUUCCCUGGUAUUCCCUUCUUGAUGCAGCGUGCUCUGGAGAGCCUUGAUCACUUGUUUAGGAAUGAGCAUGUACAGUUCUUGAGCAGAGACAUCUAUGUGAACAAGGAUGAAACAUUCAUAGCUCCAGUCCUUUACAUGGCAGAUGCUAAGUUCAAAAAGCACGUGAGCCUGGGCUCUUACCCAGAUUGGGUUAAUAAUUACUAUAGAGUGAAGCUAAUACUAGAUUCUGACUCCAGUCAGCAUCUCCAGGAGGCACACAAUUUCCUAAUGGAAAACCUUCCUGCAGGCUCCACUGUCCCUUUCAUUAAAGAUCCGGAAGCAGGAGCUGCUGAAGCUGUUCACAGUCUGGCUGAAUCAGGGUCACCACUUGGCCAGAAGGUGGCAAGUUCACUUUGCACUGUGGAAAAAGCUCUGAAUCAGUACAGCUUACCAGAAAUAUGUGUGGGCUUCAAUGGAGGCAAAGACUGCACUGCUCUUCUUCAUCUUUUCUAUGCUGCUGUCCAGAGGAGGCGUCCAGAGAGAACAGUGAAGCUGCAGGCUUUAUACAUCCGUAUUGUAUCACCAUUCCCAGAAAUGGAGCAAUUCAUUCAGGACACAGCUAAGAGGUACAAUCUCCAACUCUUAACUGUACAUGGCAAUAUUAAGCAGGCAUUAGCAGAUCUGAAGGUCCAGCAUCCUCAGCUGAAGGCAGUUCUUAUGGGAACAAGAAGAACCGAUCCUUACUCAUGUACCCUGUCCCCAAUGUGCAUGACAGAUGAGGGUUGGCCACAGUACAUGAGGGUGAACCCACUUUUGGACUGGACCUACCAUGACAUUUGGGAAUUCCUUCGCACACUCUACGUUCCGUACUGUAUUCUCUAUGAUAAAGGGGAGAAAAAACUGGACCAUAUUUGGAAAGGCGGAAAAAUAUAGGUGACCGAUUCAUUUCAUGACCACUAAAAGAGAGGAAGCCAAUUUCAUCAAGAAUAUGAAAUCUAGAGGCUAUGAGCAUAAUGGGUAACUUUUUGCAAGUGGAAUUCUGGAAUAUUUACCCAUAAAUAAUCAUAUCUGACUGUUCCCAUAUGAAGGCCGGUUAUGACAAAUUCAACAGUAUAUGUCCUAUACAUCAUGAUUUAUAUAAAUGAAUAAACAGCUUGACUGCUAUGGUGUGAAUACAGAGGGGCAUAAGAGGAAUAAAUGAAAGGAUGUUGCUUGUUGCACCAUAUUAAUCACUUAACUAUGUAAGGAUAGCAUCAAUUCUUAGGUUUGAUAUCUGCAUUUAAGAAAUCCAUUAGUAGGUUAAGUGUAGCAGAUUACAAAUAAAAGACAAACGUCACCUCAGAUCAUAUUUUCACUAAUAUGCACCACGUGCGACAUCUGACAACAUAACGAGGAACACAGCUCUAAUAAUCUGACACUGUGUUUGUCGCCCCUUGUUCAUAACAGUACAACACCCACUACUGUCGUCUGGCGCAUUGAAUGAUGGUGAAGAUGUUUAUGAUCCAGUAUAAUCCUCCUGCAUGUAUCACGGAAACAAAAUGCAAUGUAAAUGAUACUGCAAGAUAUGUACAGCUAUGCCACAAGAAAGUUGCAUUCUAAUGCA